AUGCCCGCUGGGAGAGUCGGGCGCGGACCAGCUCCUGUAGUUGUCGUCGUUGUCGACGUGGAUGAUGUCACGGAUGUCGUGGUGGAGACGCUGGAUGUCGAUGAACUGCUUGUCGAUGUACUGGUUGUAGAAGAGCUAGUUGUCGAGGAGCUGGCGGUCGAAGAGCUGAUUGGACUGGUUGUAGUCGAAGAGGACGUCGUCAUUGUGGAUGAAGGAGAGGUUGUGCUACUUGACGUCGUCGAGCUUGUCGUCGAGCCUGAAGUCGGCGAUGUUGUAGCUCCCGUUGUUGUGGCUGUGGAUGUUGACGUUGACGACUGGGUCGGCGAUGUGGGGACGGGACUCGUCGACGGGUUCGGCUCCGGCUCGCCGUUGCAGUAG